UCCUCCACCACUUUCACAUAAACCCCCCCCAAACCACACCCACCAUUGAUUUUUUCUUCAGAGAUUCACCAUAUCCAACCCCCAAGAAAAAAAUCUCUUCACCCCGGAAUUAUGGGUCCGAUCGUGUUGACUCAGUUGGCCACGGGUCUCGGCGUUUUGGCCGGGGCGGUUAUUGUCAAACAAUUGCUGGAUCAGAACUCGAUGAUGGGUCCGGGCCGGGAUCCGAGAUGCCCCAGAUGCAACGGAACGGGUCGGGUCACCUGCAUGUGCACCCGUUGGUCGGACGGCGAUUCCGGGUGCCGGACUUGUUCCGGGUCGGGUCGGAUGGCUUGCAGCAGCUGCGGCGGAACCGGAACCGGCCGGCCACUUCCGGUUCAGAUAUCCGUUCGCAACCCGAACCAGCCUUCGUGAAGAUAUUCGGGUUUGUUUGUUCGUUGUUGGUUUUAACAGAAUUGUAGUAAUGUAAUAUAUAUAUAUAUAUAUAAUAUUGGUAAAUUCUUGGUCGAAAUUUGCCCCUUUUACGCUGUAAUUAAAGUGAUUAAAUUUAUGAAAAUGAGAUAGUUUCUAUUGAUAUAUCUUUUCUGAUUU